AUGGAUGAAGUGGAAACCAGUGCCCGGAUGGCAGACAUAUUGAAUUUUACUUCUCGGGGAAUGGUCGAAGAUUGUUGUUUCAUUCGCAACCAGUUGAUUGCUUACGAAGAUCCAGAGAAUCUCGAGAAAGUCGGAAGAGCAUUAGUUUUCCUUGUCCUUGGCCCGGUUGGAAGAGGUGAUCCUCGUCGCACGAAUUUGCUGACUUCAGUUCUGGAAUAUGCGGAUUUCAAAUUCCGCGGUGUUUGGAGGGAAAGCGGGCUUUGCGAUUUUGGCCACGAAAUUCGAUUUUUCCGGGAGCUCGAAGAAAACCACACGCGCGAGGAUUUGCAUAUCAUGACUAGGAAUCUUCCAGAAGAAGCCUGCAAGGACCAUCUGACGAUGGCGACCGAUUUUGUGUUGCAAGAAGGUCCGUUGAUAAUGUUCCGGCUGGAUUUUCUCUGCAAGUUGCAAGCAUACGACGCCGCCUUAAACUUGUGUUCCUGGGUCAUAAUGGCUCUCAUCACCCCGCAAAACAUCGAGGUGGACUGGACAACGACAGUCGAGCAAAGAAAAUUUAUGCUGAGCAGUUUGCUGGAGAGACAAAUGGAGCUGAUGUACAAGACGUACGGAUCUUUCCAGGACUUCUGGAGUAAAAUUUCGCAUUGUGCAGAUGCAGUCAGAGUGGUUCGUCAGAUGAUUAAUGAUUCAGUUCCUACUUAUCCGGUCGUUUCCGAGGAUGGUGAUACUAGCAGUCAAUCGAAGCUUGCAAAAGAUCCUGGAUUGUUGAUCUGGGCUACUGCUGGAUUGCCAAAUGCUAAAUCCCAUUAUUUGGACAACAGUGUUGAGCUGAGAGCGAAGAAUUUCUCUCUCACAACUGUGAUCAAAGCGUGGGUGAUCCUUUGGUCAGCCGAGGCUGAGAAGCUGAACCAGCUCGAAUCCAAUAACUUGGAAGCAGAAGCAAAGUCAUGCAGAGCGAGCAUUGCGUGUUUGAUGGAAGAAAUGGCGACUCUGGUUUUCGAUAAAAGCGCGGACCUUUUAAACAGAGAGUUGAUGCUAACUGCCUUUUCGCUCCAACCAAGCGAGAAAAGACUCAGGCUAUUGGAGAAGUACAAAGACACGUGGUCAGUUGAUCGCCGAAUACUAAGUGACGUGGACUUCUCGGCAGACGUGGCUUUGGCAAGGAAAAAGCUUGAUGAACUUUCGAGGAGCUCUGUUGGAAAAGAAAAUGAUACCGGUGGUCUGAAGAGAAAAUACAGCGAUUGGGAAAAUUCCUCGAACAAGAAAUGGCCUCUCAGAGAGCACCAUACGGAUUUUUCCUCAACCUACAUUGGCCGAAAGAAGAGAGCGAUCGAUGUUCGUUGUGUGAAUACUGCCCUUCCUGUGUUUGAAGAAGCAGACAUGUAUCAAAUAGCCUGCAUGCGCCCGGUCAUGUGUGAUCAUCACAGAAAUUUAGAUGAAAGUGACGUCGUGGGAUCGACCAACUUUCUGCAAUCCAACCAUUGCUUCACGACUUUGACGCGAUUGGGAAUCGAAAACAUAGGCUUGAAGCUAGACAUUCACAGCCUUAUAGCGGAACUUCGUCACAGCGCCCUGACGUGGUUAUUUGGUUGGGAUCAUCUGGAACCUCUCGGUCGAUCAUUUCUUCGCGAGUUCCCAAGAAAGGUCAUUCCGGACCGAGUUUUGGUGAGCUAUGUCUCGAACCCGGACGAAGCCGAAAUGCUGAAAAUUGAAGGAGAAACGUACUACCGGAUGGUGAAAAACAUGCCGUCCAUCACGGAUCCACCGGAACCUGCAUCUCCACCGGCACCACCUCGUAUUCCGGAAGUCGUCGUGCAGGAAUCAACUGAAGUGCGUGAACAGACUGAAAAUUCAACGAUCCGAUGCGAUGUCGAUCGUGCUCCAGGCACAUUUUUGUCCAUAUCGUGGAACGGGGAGGGUAAUGACGUGUUGAUGUCGAAUGAUGUUUUUUGUAAUCUGGCGUCGAGUGCUGUGGAACCCGUUGCGAAAAGUGAUUCAGCGAAGAAACCGCGGAAAGAACCUGAUGCGAGUCAUCGACACGUUUCGGAGCUGCUAAUGCCGCAAAGAAAAGGACCGAUGGCUUUAGAAAAAAUGGUGAUAUCGCGAGUGUCCCUGUGGUUGAGCUCAGAUAAUGCCGGGCGGUCCGCAGUCGUCUCCCAAAGUUUGAAAGGUGGGCCGUUCCCGUAUGACUUGACGGGGAAGAUCCUCAAGUCUUCAAUCGAAACCUUUUUUGAUUCGAAUGUAACCUGGACGAGUAAAAGCAGUCAAAAGUUGCUUGAGCUCAUUGAGUGUCUCCUGCAGCUCGACGUUGCGGAUUUGGAUUUGUCGAGUGUUUUUCGGAAGCGUCGUAUUGCAGGUUACUUCAACUCACAAUUAGAGCGAGCGUUGAUCUCAAAUCUUCCGCGAUUGAGUCACCUUCGAAGCAUCAAUCUCAUGGGGAAAGCAACCACUCCAAUUCUCCAAUGCAUCGCUGCGAAUUGCAAAAGGCUCGUGGAGUUGACCUGUAACUUGUCGAGCAUCGACGACAAAGGAUUAGCUUGCUUCGGUGAUUUCCUGGACGGAAGUGGUUGUCCGAAUUUGGAGUGCUUCCGGUUCCACGAAUGCUGGCUCGUUACACCACCCGCAGUUGGCAAAUUGCUCCUGGGUUUAAAGAAGUUGACCGUUUUGGGUUAUGAUUCUUCAUUCCGUGCUGUGACGGAGUUUCUGAAACUCCAGAAAGCGUCUGCUGAGGCUCAAGAUGUUUCAAGUGAUUCGAAUUCCAGUCCAACAUUACAUUUGUCGCACCUGGUGGAAAAGGAGUCAGAAUACAGCGACGGUGUUCUUCCUCGGCGUGCAUUCCGCAAUGUCAACUUCAGGCAUGUUGCAAGUGCGUGUCCCCGAGUGACGCAUUUGAACUUUUUGUACAUGGACGAGGAGAUAUUUGCGGAGUUUGGACAAUUCGAUAAACUCAGCUCGAUCACGAUGGAAUUGCGGCACGGAGGUGGAGGCCCGUUUUUCCAAGCGUACAUUUCAGCAUUUGGGAACCGUUUGAGGGAGCUGAAUUUCACGUGUGAGGAUUUUUCCGUGAAGGCGCUGAUGGAGUUGGGGAGACAUUGUCAUAAUCUGGAAAAACUGAAGAUCAUUCGGAAACACUCUUCGGGAUGUGCGUCGGAAUUCCCGUUGACAUGUACGGGAUUCAGCCGCCUGGAGGUUCUCAGCAUAACGAAUCACUUCACUGACGAGCCGAUUUCCGAAGAAGAAGUUACAUUCUGCCUGAGAAACGCCUUCAAUGUGCAAGAGCUUUAUUUGAGUGGAGAGUUGGGUUUCAUGAGUGACGAUUUCUGGGACAAGUUUUUGAGGAGUGUAAAUCCUUUGGUUCAGUUGCGAAGUUUCCGAUUUGAUUCGUUUCCGGAAGCCGUGAAUUUGGGAUUUUCGACAGCACGCCUUUUUAUCGACUCAUGUCCAAAUUUGAACAAAAUCUCUGUCGGAACGUGGAAGAAUAUUUCUUCAGAGGAUAUCGGGGAUCUCAAGCUGGAGGUGGCGAUGGAAAAUUACGAUCUUGUUAUAUGCUGAAGCGGGUGUGUUGUACGAGUCGGGACACUCGAUCCGUUUCUGUGUAUUGUAUUGAUAUUUUCCUGGCGAUGUCACAAUUUGAAUGAUUUCAUUUGUGUGGGUGAGCCACUUUCGCGAUUUCUCAUAUUUUUGAUAAUCUCCGGACAACCGUGUAUGUUUCAGCAUAUUCGGGGAAAUCUGAGUAAAGCUGUUUUUGGCUUUUAAGAACA